AUGGAGGUAAAUAAAAAUUUUCUUGUCGACUUUCUCAUGGGUGGUGUUUCAGCUGCGAUUUCUAAAACCGCAGUGGCUCCCAUCGAGAGAGUAAAGAUGUUGAUCCAGACACAAGACUCUAUUCCUGACAUUAAGAGUGGAAAGGUCCCUAGAUAUUCCGGAAUAUUAAACUGUUUUGCCAGAGUUUCAAAGGAGCAAGGUGUUACAUCUCUCUGGAGAGGAAAUUUGGCCAACGUUAUAAGAUAUUUUCCAACUCAAGCAUUCAAUUUUGCUUUCAAGGACUACUUUAAGAGGAUGUUCCCUAAGUACAACCAGAAGACUGAUUUUUGGAAGUUUUUCGGCGCUAACCUUGCUUCAGGCGGUUUGGCCGGAGCUAGUUCAUUAUUAAUAGUUUACCCUCUCGAUUUCGCAAGGACAAGAUUAGCAAGUGAUGUUGGUAAGGGAGCAAAAAGAGAGUUUACUGGAUUGUUGGACUGCUUAUUAAAGAUUCAAAGGAGCACUGGUGUGCUUUCUCUCUACAAGGGGUUUUUAGUCUCCGUUCAGGGGAUUGUUGUUUAUAGAGGAGCCUAUUUUGGUAUGUACGAUAGUGCCAAGACUGUGUUUUUUGGAGAAAAUGAGAAGAACGCUAAUAUCUUUUUCAAGUGGUCAAUAGCUCAGUCCGUUACCAUCAUGGCUGGACUGGCUUCAUAUCCCCUUGAUACUGUCAGAAGAAGGAUGAUGAUGAUGUCUGGCAAGAAGGCUACCUCUGAGAUAAUGUACGCAAACAGCCUUGACUGCUUCGUUAAAAUGAUGAAACAUGAGGGUCUUGGUGGAUUCUACAAGGGUGCUUUCGCCAACAUUCUUCGUGGCAUGGGUGGAGCUCUUGUUCUCGUAUUUUACGAUGAAUUACAGAAAUUACUAAAAUAA